AUGGAUGCCUUAUCAAUAUUAUCAGAAAAGGGAAAAUCUGCUUUAUCACAUAUUCCGCCACCUAUCAAAUAUCUCCCUGAUGCUUCCGAAUCAAAAACUAGUACAAAGUUGGACCAUGAACCAAUAAAACCAAAGUUUGCAGAACAUAAUUGGGCAAAUAUUGAAGAGGAUGUUCACAGAAAGAGUUGUACAUUAAUAUUUCCAAUUGAAGUCAAGAGAAGACACAUUUUGGGACUCAUCUCUGAUGAUAAUAACAACAAAGAAAUUGAUGAUUGUAAUGACAAUGGCGAAAAUCAUAAACUAACGCUUUCAGAGUUGUACUAUCAGGACCAGUACAUAAAGGAUGCGAUUAAGCAAAUCUACUCUUACAUGGUAGAAAAUGAGUGCCAGUUUGGUGUAAUUUCAACUUAUAACAACAACUG